UAUCUCCAAAUGGUAACCUAGGCAUUGACCAUUCCUUCUCUCUCCCUCUAUAGAUCAGGAUAUGUACUUUUACAAUGGGACCUUUAAAAUCACUAAUGUCCAGUACAACCGUGAGUUUGACAAGCACACCUCAAAAGAAUACAGAGACCUGAGCACAAGCAUCGAGAUGCUGGUGACCAAUACAUUUCGAGCCUCCAUUUUCAAUAAGAAAUACAUCAGGUCCCAUGUCGUCAACCUGCGCCCAGACGCCAGCGGAGUGGUGGUAGAGCUUGUGCUGAUCUUUGAAUUCGCUUCAAAUGAUAACAGAAAGGCCUUCUCGGAAAGAAUCAAGAGCAUUUUGCUUAGGCGGCUGCAGACAAACACAGGGGGCUUGGAAAUUGACCUCUCGACUUUUAAACUCUCAGGCAAGUUUCUUGAGCUUUCCCUUUUCUCCUUGAUUUUGCUGCUCAGGCCAUCCCUUUCCUCUGUGCAAUUGAUGAAGAAGGAAAAUGGAGAACACCUUUUCAACAACUGUUGUGGGAUACGAACAAGUAAAUCGCUUUCCUACACAAACAGAAUAACGGGAGGCAUCUCUGCCCAGGUUGGCGAGUGGCCAUGGCAGGCUAGUCUUCAGCUGAGCGGUAUCCACCGCUGCGGUGCAACGCUGAUCAGUAACACGUGGCUUAUAACUGCAGCUCACUGCUUUAGAGGACAACAGAAUCCCAGUAGGUGGACGGCUAGCUUUGGAACUGUCAUAAGACCUCCACAUAGCAGAAGAUCCAUCCGCAACAUCAUCGUUCAUGAAAAAUACACUGAUGCCGUUCAAACCCACAAUUAUGACAUCGCUGUUGUGCAGCUCUCCUCCCCCGUGGAAUUUACAAAUGUCAUACGCAUGGUCUGUCUCCCCGAGGAAUUUUACGUCUUCCCACAUAACACUACCUGCUUUGUCACGGGAUGGGGCGCUUUACAGAAUGAAGGUUCAAGCAUUAAUAAUCUCCGGCAAGCGGAAGUGAAGAUCAUAGACACGAACAUUUGCAAUAGAGCAGAAGUGUACAAUGGGGCCAUCGCACCUGGGAUGGUGUGUGCUGGAUACUUGGAGGGGGAAAUAGAUGCUUGCCAGGGUGAUUCUGGUGGCCCUCUGGUCACUGAAGAUAGAAGAGGAGUCUGGUUCCUUGUUGGAAUAGUGAGCUGGGGAGACGAAUGUGCUAAAAAAAAUAAACCUGGCGUCUACACACGAGUGACUUACUAUCGGGAUUGGAUCGCCGCAAAAACUGGCCUCUGAAGGAGUCACAAGUGGGUUAAACUGCACAGGCUGGGUACACAAGCCAGGAACUCCAAAACACUCUUUACCAGUCUAUGCUUCGUUUACUGUCCAAAGCAAGCGCCGGCUUAGCUUGUGGUGACAUUCCUACCGCUCAGUGACUCAUCUCUGAACUGAAUUGCUCUGGCCUGUCGAAGGAGAGGAACAGACUCAAUCAAACUUGCACAAGGAGCACAAACUGCUGACUGAUUUACCACUUAGGAAAGUGUAUCUACUGCUUCCAGGAAAGGCAGGUUAUUCUGCAUCCUCAGCCCAGGACUGAGAAUAACCCUGCUUUCCACCCUCUGUGCUACACACCUCCUGCUGGGAUCAGAUGACUUGGCCAUGGUUUUCCUAGCUGAGCAAAACGCCCCCUUGGUUGGAGCCCAUCGGCGCAAAUCGUCAGUCACCUGGACAGGUUGUGAUUGAUCCACAGCAUUUCCCUCCAGUUGCCGAGUGCCUGGCCUCCUGCAUUACUCCACCACAGGGGUGGAAAUCAACCAAAGUUUACUCCAUGGCAGCACAGGGCAUUAGCAGUAGGCCACAGCACUUGACUUUAAACAGCACCGUCCCUACUGGCGCCAGAAGCCUGUUCGAACCAAAGGCAGGUAGGGCUGUCUUCUCCUGCCGCACUACAUGGGGCUGUGUCACUGAGCACGUUCUGUUGGAGGUACUCAACGGAUGGCCAGGGAGGCCACUUGUGAACUGGGUUAUGCCACACACAGAAAUCCUUGGCCAGUGUGUAAUUAACACACAGAACUUCCCACCAGCAAAAAGGAACACCCACCUCCAAUGUGGCUGAACUUCCUGGGGGAGGAGCUUUGACCCAGGAGACCGUACUUAUUGAUCAUGUGCAUCACAGUAGUGCCCAAGAGCCAACCAAGAAUAGCAGACAGUCCCUGCCCCAAAGCGCUCACAGUCUAAAUAACCUCUUAGCUUCUACUUUGCUUCCUGAUGGGGUGGAGGGAGGAGAGUCUGUAACCCAUUGCUGGGCAUGAAUUGGGAUACAGGCCAGUCCUUGCACUCCUCAUCUCAAACAGCCGUUUCUCCUGUGCCUUUUAAAACCCCCUAAUCCUCUGCUUCUCACUACUGUGGAGCAGUUCUGCUACUGCGAGGCUCUAUGUGCAGGUGUGUCAAGCACACGUGCUCUGCACUGGGCAUCCGGUGAAUCCCCCAUAUUUUCCCCAGUGUCUCACCUUAACUCUGCCCCCUGGGGAGCUGAGCAGCCCUGUCACUUGCUAGAUAGCCGACAAGUUGCUAGAUCAAUGACGUCCCACCUCCAACCGUCAGUAAUAUACACCAGAGGAGAGAGAAAUCAACAGAGGAAAUGCUGGGUUGCUGACAGCUGCAUCCAGUCCAGUGCUACCAGUCUCAGCUACCUCAUACACCAGCCAAAAAAAAACAACCUUCAGCCUAUCCUUGGAAGAUCUGGGGUCAAUGAAGCCAUCACCGCACACAAUCUCUCAUCACCAAUAAACCUCCUAUCUGCUCUUACCACUGGCACUUUAAUGCAUUUCUAGGUUGAUGUCUCUCAUGCAACACAGUGCCCUUGAGCUCCAGUAAGAGGCUCUGCUGUAUUUCAGGGCUCUGUUUUAUGUAGUAUAUGAAAACCAGCAUCUAUGAGGGUGCCUACUCAUUUUGUUCAGCCCAGCGAGCAGAACAGUCACUGUAGCAGAAUUUAGCUUCAUAAACAUACUGCAUAAUACAUAGGGCGAGACACAAAGGGCAAAUCUGAUUCUUCUGGUGAUAAGUCAUCUUUCUAGGAAGGCGAUCUAAUCUGUGAAUCUACUUAUAGAGAACCCCCUAUGCAAGCGAUUGUGAACUAGUUGGCAAAGUACUUUGGGCUGAGAUUUUCAAGGGGUCUAAAGGAUUUGGGCACCCAAAUCCCACUGAAUUUCAAUGACAUACCUAACUCCCUUAGGCUCUCUUCGGCCUUAGUGCUGAUUGUGCCAAGAAAUCAGGUAACCGGCUGUCUAAAUGGGCUAAUUUACCUCCAUAAUUUUGCACUUGCAGUUGAUUGUUGGUGCAAAAUCAGAGGCUGGGUUGCGACCCUUUGAAAACCAGGCCCUUAUAUUUCAUAUUUAAUAACAGGUUGAACUGGAAACCAUUCUAGAAGGUCAUAUACAAGGCUGAAAAGGUUAACGCCAACAAUUUCAAAAGGUGCCACUAACUUAGGGUGCCCAAGCUGAGACCCCCCUAGGGCCUAAUUUUCAUUAGUGCUGCGUGCCCACAGCUCCAGCUGAAGUCAGUAGGGCCUGCGAAAGUUGAAUCCUCUCAAGAUGGGCACCAAAAGACUGAAGCACCCAAAAUCAGUCGUCUUAAUGACCGGUCCCUGUCAUAUAGCGAGAGCAGUGGGUUUAAUCCUACUCCCACGGAUCUAAUGUUACCGGGAUCGGAGUCUAUCCACUCAAUCCUGGAAAGACUAAUGCAAGCACAUGCUUAAUGCUGUGCACUGAGGGAAGCCCUGUUGAAGUCAAUGGGACUAGUCACAGAGCAUAACACUGAGCAAGUGAGUAAGUCUUUGCAGGACCAGGUCCCUUGUAUGCAAUCCCGUUUUUGGAGGAAAGGUGGCAUUUUAGUUCUUACAGAAAUUUUCCCUGUGAGACAGUGCAGAAAACAAAAGCAGCCCAAGGAGGCAACGUGUCCAUAAAAUUCAGGGACUUACUGACUAGCUGGGGUAACAGUUGGACUGUUUGCCUCCUAUUUCUCUCUAGCUGAUAAGUUCUUCCCUGUUUCUGAAGCCAGGGUCAGUGUCUGUCCUAGAACAGAGUGUGAGAAAAAAGGAAUCCAUGGCAGAACUAAAGA